CUCGGACAUGAUGCGAGCGUCUAAAUAUAGCAGCCGGUUUCCACUUGUUGACUCAUAAUACAACGAUGCGGAUCCAUACAGACACGUCUGUGCAGAAUACCACACCGGCUCGCUCACACCAUGCAGGACGACGGUCAGAAUUCACAAAAGGGGAAAAUACGCCGGUGCUUAAGGUUGCCUAUACAACCGCCUCAAGAAGUUAUCCCUGUUGAUCUAGAGACAGAAGGCACGUUGACCCUGGGAGGGGAGCGCGUGCCAUGUGAUGCGGGGGACCUAGAGCACCUGAGCUCGCUGGGGCAGGGCGACUCGGGAGAUGUGGAUUACAUGCUGCACAGACCCUCCGGGAUACCUGUGGUGGUUAAGAGAAUCUUGGUAAGAAUGGACCGAGAGGAAAUCAGCGAACUGCUGCAGGAUAUCGAGACUAUACGGAGUUGCGGCCCUUGUCAUGACAUCGUGUCCAUAUAUGGAGCGUUCUUCAGGGAUAGGCACGUGUGGGUCUGUAUGGAGCCGAUGGACACCUCACUAGACAAGUUCCAGAAAACAGUCUAUAACAGAGGCGACAGGAUUCCAGAAACCGCACUCGCAAAGAUAGCCCAGCCCGUGAUACAAGGCUUAGACUUCCUGUACCAGAAGGUGAAGGUCACACAGAGGGACUUGAAGCCCGCUGAUAUCUUACUGAACUCUAAGGGAGAGGUGAAGCUCGGAGAUUUCGGGGUGCGGUACACGCAGCGAGGAGCCAUGGCGCGACCACGUGACAACGGCAGGUGCCCCUACAUGGCCCCGGACAGAAUUGACCCUCCAGAACCGGAUCCAGGGGAGAUAACUCCAAACACCAUCCACACUGAGCGCUGUUCCAGACUGUCGGUCACAGACCCUCGAGCUGAUGUUUGGAGCCUAGGGAUCAUUCUCGUUGAGAUGGCGACGGGAGAAUAUCCCUACUCCGACUACGGGCCACAGUUCGAGCUGCUCGUCAAGAUUGUAGAGCAGGACCCCCCGCGGCUUACAUCCGGGGAGUUUUCGUCCGAGUUUGAAGACUUCGUUUCAGCUUGUUUGAAGAAGAAUUACCGUGAAAGGGCGACGUUUGAGCAACUCCUGUCUCACCCAUUUAUCGAAGGCGGAUCUGGGGGCAUAGACAUGGCGGCCUACUUGAAUUCCUACGGCGAACUGGCCAAAUGUUGACUGCAUAACACUGCUGUCCUUACAGUCUUACAACUGCAGUGGAUUUCCUGUUGAACAUAGGCACACGAAGCUUUCAGAAAGACGAGUCUAAUUUUCGUACUGUUUCGAUGGAUACUGUGUUUGUACUGUCUGGAUGGGAAGCAACUGUUCGAAUGUCCAACACAUGCAACGUCUCAGAUAUAUAUUUCGGUGCACGUUCCCCUUCGUGUACUUACCGUCUUCAGGAACUGAAUGUACUGCUGGUUCUAUGCUAUUAUUUAUCCUAAUGUGCAACUAAUGCUGUCAAGCUACGUUUUGAUCUUUUGUAAUGUUUGUAUUCGCUGGAUUCGCAAACGGAUGACUUGACCGCAAAAGUAGUACCGGAAGUGAAUCGCCGGAAGUUUGUUAUCCGGAAGUUAAUUGCCGGAUGUCUGUCUCCGGAAGUGCUUGUCCCGGAAGUUGAGAACCCACUCUGCCUCGGCGUAUUAGUCACUGUUUCUUGCCAGAGCUUCUUUGUUAGGUGGUUUUGGUGUUUUAAAAUACGUCUUUAAAAAUAUCUUGUAUUGAUGUACGUAAAACAGUGACCUAUUGUGAUAUAGAGUGUAUAUUUACGUCAAGAAAAUGCAAUGUCUGUGAUAUGGCUUUGGCUGCUUAAACAUUGCCAUGUAUUUUGGUCGACAACCAUCCAGCAUAGAUGUAAUGUAAAUAAAAUUAUUAAUUGUUAUGUAAGUUAACAGACUAGUGAGGUAGGAAAAUGGUCUAUAUACGAUUGUCUAUAUUUGAAAGUUGAUGUUUUGAAAUCACGAACGUACUGCCAUGAAUUCCUGGAAGUGAUGUUUUUACGGUGAAUCCUGUAAAUGAGAAAAUGUGUGCUUAUGGUUUCACAUGCUCAGCCGCCAUUGCUGACACGUGACUCGGCUGUGUUUUGUUUUAUGUCAAAUAUACUUUUUCAGCUUGUGCUUUUUGUGAUCAGAAAGUUCAUGUGAAUGUCUGAAUUCCCUUCCAUUGCUCAACAUUACCAUCCGUGAUAUUUGUUUCUAACAAGCCUAGAAUGGAGAUUUGUAAAUUGCUGCAAACACGAUGGUAAGAAUAACUCCAGAAAAUGAAAGAAAGACGAAAAGGACGUAUGUUCUACCAAGCCUUCUCGCAUUUUUUACAAUUUUGCAUACAUGGAUUCGAAGUUCUGAUUAGAAUGAUAAAAUCUUAAGAGAUGUUUCUGUGUCAAUUUCAGUGUCGUAUUUCAACGACAGAAUGGAUGCUAGUGGGAAUUGUACGGUCGUAUGUACUCGGUAUGAGCAUACCCUUGAAACCAUUACUUUAAGACCAGAUGUAUGUCUUUACAGAACGAUGUUUUAGCGAUAAACGUACAUCGUGUCCUAAGUUCAUACUGUGGUGACUUCGAAUUCCAUGUGAGGAGUUGAAUACAAUUUGGGUUAUAGACGAUGACAAAAGUUAAAAUGAAGUUUAGACCAGUGAAUUAAAUCAAGGAAGCUAGCUUUCACAAAACCAAAACCUUUCGUUUCCAGUCAUUCAGUAGUUCUUAAAUUACAAAGGACUAUUUUGUAAUAUUUAUAAUUUUUGUAUAAUUUUGUAUAACAUAUUUGUAUGGUAUGGUACUUCCACAUUCUACAACGAACUUGUUCUUGUCCAUAAUGCUGGGCAGUAUGAGGGAACAGACUCUACAAUCUUCCCAUUGUUACUUUUUUCCAGUUAUACACAUUGAUGUUAAACGCAUUAUUUGUUAUUGUAUGCAUGUCAUAUAACGCGCCUGUGUCUGCAUCUUCCCGGGGCAAGGGAGUUAACUGACUGGAAUUUCUGUGUUAUAUUUGGCUGGCCUAUCGAGUCUAGGAAUAGUCCAAUCAAAACCCGCGUAACGAAAUCGCCAUCCGGUUUGUAAACAACAUGACGACUGACUUGCAGAUUUCAGUCGAUUGCAGGAAUUGCAAAGCCUGUGUACCGUCAAGUGAGCAUCGACAGACCCCACCCCCUAAAUUCAUGAAAUUAAAUCAAUGUGCUCAAUUUAGUUGAUGCACUUUGCGCGAGGUAAAACCCGUUUUUAUUACAACAUGGACCUUGAUUAUCGAUCAGAUCAUCUUGACUGGGUGCCGCCAUUUAUGUAUGAAGCAAAUGCAAGAGAUAUGAGAGGUGGAUUCUGAUUGGUCAAUAGGAGGGACAAAGAAGGUACAAAAGUCGUAAUAGCCACUGGUCGGGACUAGGGACGAAACUGGAGUUUUAUAGUCAGUUAAAUGCCUUGCCUUGGGAAGAUGCUGUUUCUGAUGCAACAUGUUAAUAUAUAACCUGACAUCAAACUUGUGUUGAUAUACUUUGCAUUAUCAGGUGAUGGAUAUCGAAUGUAACAGGCGCAUUUAUUUUCUACAGGAGACAUUAAACGCAUUGAAUGAGUGAAGGGUUGGAGUGGAAUGAGAGGUACCAAAAAGUGAUUGAAGAUAAAAUGUAGAUUCGGAACUCGUUGAAUAGGAAAUAGGGUUUAACGUUGCGUUCAAAAUAUUUUCACUUCUAUAGCGACGUGUGUUUCUACUAGUCGGAACUUGAAGACACCAUGUCCGAUGCCUCCACUCAGACCCAGUGCUUGGUUUAUCUCCCCAAUGCCGAGCGCGAGGCAGGGCAACAACAAGUACUAUCUUUUAAUGUAUUUUGAUAUGACGCAGUCAGGGGAUGGUUUUGCGCUCGAAUUGUCCACGACCUGCAGUUACUGUGUGUAUGGUCAUCAUAGUGUUAUGCAGAGAAGAUAUUAUAAGUCCGUGUUAAUCCUGUAAUGUUAUAAUUUGGGAAAAAUACAAUUAUACCAAAAAUGUCAAUUCCUGCCAUAUUAUUCCCUCUUCGGAGGAACCAGUGUCAAUGGUCCAACGCACCAUACCCCACUGUACAGAGUUGCGUACCUUAACCGUACCAUGAUUCGAUGGCCGAUUCGACCUGAUUAUGACCCUUUGUCUGUCCGUGCACCAAGCACGUGCACGUGGGCUGCACUGAACUUUGAGCCUUCUUCGAACAAUGGCGACAUGUCGUGAUAUGACCGAUUACUAUUUACAGCCGAGUUUUAAAAAAACACAACCCAUCCAGUUAUUUCUGGUAAUAUGGCCCCAUAGUACCAAACCUGACAAUCUACAAUUUCCUUCCCUUCCCCGUGAAAGAUAUUAAGACCAGACAUAAUCCCUAUGUAUGACAUAGGCCACCUGCUUUCCUAUGCAGAAAGGAAACUUACAUUAACGGGUCAAAUGCCAGUCUAUAUUUCGUCCAAGCUCUUGGCUUCUGUAUGGUCCUGUGAACCGAUGUUGAACGCUUUUACAAUGCUGGGUACCCUGCUUCUGUCCACAACUGCCAAAAGGCACGAACAUGUCAUAUUUUCUUUUAAAAGCAAUAAAAAUAUUUGUGCUGCUC